UGACCCGUCUUUUUUCUUUUACUGUUGCCCUCUCUCUUUAUAGCUCAACAACCCCACGCCAAACCCUCUACCUUCUCUAUCAUUUUCCUUUCCAUUUUCUCGGGAAAGUCAUGGGGAAAGGGCCAGGUCUCUACUCCGAUAUCGGCAAGAGAGCCAGAGAUCUUCUCUACAAGGAUUAUCAGAGUGACCACAAGUUCACCGUCACUACUUACACUUCCACUGGAGUCGCAAUCACUUCAACUGGAAUUAAGAAGGGCGAGCUGUUUCUGGCAGAUGUGAGCACUCAGCUGAAGAACAAGAACAUCACAACUGACAUAAAAGUGGACACUAACUCUAAUCUUCUUGCAACGGUUACUGUUGAUGAACCUGCACCUGGACUCAAGACUAUCUUUAGCUUUAUUGUUCCUGAUCAGAGGUCUGGUAAGGUGGAACUCCAAUACCAGCAUGAGUAUGCUGGAAUAAGCACCAGCAUUGGAUUGACUGCCAAUCCUAUUGUGAACUUUUCUGGUGUUGUUGGAAACAAUGCCGUUUCUCUUGGGACAGAUCUUUCAUUUGACACUGCCUCUGGGAACUUUACAAAAGUGAAUGCUGGGUUGAGUUACACUUUGUCUGACCUCAUUGCUUCCCUGACAGUGAAUGAUAAAGGUGACACCCUUAAUGCUUCAUACUACCACACAGUGAGCCCAUUGACCAGCACAGCUGUUGGUGCAGAGCUGUCACAUAGCUUUUCAAGCAAUGAGAACACCCUCACAAUUGGCACGCAGCAUGCGCUUGACCCUUUAACCUUGGUGAAGGCUAGAGUGAACAACUAUGGAAGGGCAAGUGCUCUCAUCCAGCAUGAGUGGCGCCCAAGAUCCCUCUUCACCAUCUCAGGAGAGGUGGAUACUAGGGCAAUUGAAAAGAGCGCGAAGAUUGGGCUCGCCGUGGCACUUAAGCCCUAGGCUAAUUAACUACCCUUGGUGUGAGUGGAAGGCUGGACUUAUUUGGUGGAGGGCAAUAAGGUAGAUUAGUGACGAUAUCUUUUUGUUCCAGUGAACUUUUCGUCUGUUAAUGUGGUGCUAUUGGUUUCUUCAUAUCUUGGUGGUCAAGGGUUGUAAAAAAUAAUUUUAGCUGGUGGCACAAACCAUUGUCAAUGUCCUUUUUGUAUUCUCAUCCAUCCAAAUGUUUGCGGAAGGUAUUCUUUGAGCUAAAAGUUCUUUUAUGGAGUUUUGGUCAUUUGAUGAA